AUGACCCAGACAAGCAGUACCUCACACCAUUACAUCACCUCUAGCAGUACCUCACACCAUUACACCACCUCCAGCAGUACAUCACACCAUUACACCACCUCCAACAGUACAUCACACCGUUACACCACUUCCAACAGUACCUCACACCAUUACAUCACCUCCAGCAGUACAUCACACCGUUACACCACAUCCAGCAAUACCUCACACUAUUACAUCACCUCUAGCAGUACAUCACACCAUUACACCACCUCCACAGUACCUCACACUAUUACACCACCUCCAAAAGUACAUCACACCAUUACACCACAUCCAGCAGUACCUCACACUAUUACACCACCUCCAACAGUGCCUCACACCAUUACACCACCUCCAGCAGUACAUCACACCAUUACAUCAACUCCAACAGUACAUCACACCAUUACACCACCUCCAACAGUACCUCACACCAUUACACCACAUCCAGCAGUACCCCACACUAUUACACAACAUCCAGCAUACCUCACACUAUUACACCACAUCCAGCAGUACAUCACACCAUUACACCACCUCCACCAGUACCCCACACCAUUACACCACCUCCAACAAUACCUCACACAAUUACACCACAUCCAGCAGUACAUCACACCAUUACACCACCUCCAACACACAUCACACCAUUACACCAUUUCCAGCAGUACCUCACACUAUUACACCACAUCCAGCAGUACAUCACAUCAUUACACCACCUCCAACAGUACAUCACACCAUUACAUUACCUCCAACAGCACAUCACACCAUUACACCAUUUCCAGCAGUACCUCACACUAUUACACCACAUCCAGCAGUACAUCACAUCAUUACACCACCUCCAACAGUACCUCACACCAUUACACCACCUCCAGCAGUACAUCACACCAUUACACCACCUCCAGCAGUACCUCACACUAUUACACCACAUCCAGCAGUACAUCACAUCAUUACACCACUUCCAACAGUACUUCACGCUAUUACACCACCUCCAGCAGUACCAAAUCCAGCAGUACAUCACAUCGUUACACAACCUCCAACAGUACUUCACGCUAUUACACCACCUCCAGCAGUACAUCACUCCAUUACACAACAUCCAGCAGUACAUCACACCAUUACACCACCUCCAACAGUACAUCACACCAUUACACCACCUCCAGCAGUACCUCACACUAUUACACCACAUCCAGCAUACUUCACGCUAUUACACCACCUCCAGCAGUACAUCACUCCAUUACACAACCUCCAAAAGUACCUCACACCAUUACACCACCUCCAACAGUACAUCACACCAUUACACCACCUCCAGCAGUACCUCACACUAUUACACCACAUCCAGCAGUACAUCACGUCAUUACACCACCUCCAGCAGUACAUCACACCACUACACCACCUCCAGCAGUUCCUCACACCAUUACACCACCUCCAACAGUACAUCACACCAUUACACCACCUCCAACAGUAUAUCACACCAUUGCACCACCUCCAGCAGUACCUCACACCAUUAUACCACCUCCAGCAGUACAUCACACCAUUACACCACUUCCAACAGUACCUCACACCAUUACACCACCCCCAACAGUACAUCACAUCAUUACACCACCUCCAUCAGUACCUCACACCAUUACACCACCUCCAACAGUUUAA